AUGGGAAACUCAAUAGGCAAAGAUAAAGGAGAAGAAACUGUAGACGGAGGUCAACUAACGCCGCAUGGAGUAUAUAAAGGAACACAAGAUUGGGACUACAGGAGUGUCCGUAAACUCAUCAUAGAAAGAAAAUUAGCACCUUUCUAUAAAGGUUUACCAGACUAUGACGAAGGUUGGAACGAUGUCACAUUAACGACCCAUAAUCUUCCAAAAAAUGGUGAGGUCAAUCAAACCGUUGCUUUUAGUAACGAAAGUAUCUCACAAGGAAGUGGAGAAACUAAACGUUCGGCUACUUUAAAUACCGUAGGCACAACUAAAGGUAAAGAGGUACCAACGUCCAAAUCGUUAGAGGCUCAGCUAUAUAAAGGUGCUGUCGAAUGCCCCAUUUGUUUUUUGUAUUAUCCACGGAAUAUUAAUUACUCUCGAUGUUGUGAUCAACCUAUAUGUACUGAAUGUUUUGUUCAAAUAAAACGACCUGAAAGUGGAACAUUAAGCGCUAACAAUUCUCCAGCUGUGUGUCCAUUUUGUGUACAGCCUAAUUUUGGUAUAUGUUAUAAACCGCCUUCUUUCAUUGCAGGAAUCGGUAGUGAAAGUUCGUCUUCUACAUCUUCAAACACAAAUAAUUUAAUUCCAACACCAUCUUCAACUACCUCUCUUGAUGGAAGGGCUCGAAGAAAAAGUGUUAGUCAUAAAAACCCGGACGUUGUUACUACCGAUCAAAUUCGUCCAGAUUGGGCAACGCGAGUACUGCAACCUCCUCGUCAACCUCCGAGUACUAGACGAUCUUCUACCACUACUUCAGGAAACUCGAGGCGUAUUCCGGCUCGUCAUGGAGGAGGAGGAAGUUCCUACAUGACUUCAUCCACGACCAAUCCUUCUCGACGCAAUAACCAACCUGCUGGAGGCGAUUAUGGAGGAUAUUUAGCUGCAAUGAGAAUGGGUACAGAUCUAGAAGAACUUAUGGAUGAAAAUUCUAAUAAUAUAUCAUCGUCUGAUGGUUCUACAACAGGAACUAUAACGUCACCUAAUCUAUCUAAUUUGCUUGAUGAAAUUAAUAGGAUUGAUAAUAGCCUUUCUGAAGUUGAGAUACUUACUUCAAGACAGGAGUUACUGGAAAAUGCAGGUGGAGAAGAUGGUAGUUCAUCAAUUUCUCAUUCACAUGAUCAUAUAUCAACUACUGUGUCAACACUAAUAACAUCAAGUGCAGAAUACGACACUAUAACAAGUGUGUCAGCUCCAUCGUCAAGAGGUACAGGACCAUCAACUCCAAGCUCAACAACAAAUUCUACAAAUGAGGCUAUAAUUACACC